AUGGGAUGCAGUCUGUGCACUCUGCAGAAGCAAGAAGAGCAGUACAAGUUACUGUAUGAAGUUUGUCAGGUCAACGGGAAGGAUUUAUCUAAAGCAACACACGAGCAGGCAGUGGAAGCAUUCAAAACAGCCAAGGAGCCCAUUGUGGUGCAGGUCCUGAGAAGAACUCCACGCACCAAGGCCUACACUGCUCCUCACGAGUCUCAGCUGGUAGAUGUGGGCACACAGACAGAUAUCACUUUUGAACACAUCAUGGCUCUAAGCAAGAUGGGCUCACCUACUCCACCCGUCUCUGUGCUAGACCCUUACCUCCUGCCUGAAGACUGCUACAUUCUCCACCCAUCAGUGCACGAAUACUAUGACCCAAAUGACUACAUGGGAGGGAUUCAUCAAGAAAUGGACCGAGACGAGUUGGAAUUAGAGGAAGUAGAUUUACAUAGAGUGAACAGCCAGGACAAGCUUGGCCUCACUGUAUGUUACAGAACGGAUGAUGAAGAUGACAUGGGUAUUUAUGUGAGUGAGAUUGAUCCCAACAGCAUUGCUGCAAAAGAUGGUCGACUCCGAGAAGGGGAUCGCAUCAUUCAGAUCAAUGGCAUAGAGGUACAGAACCGAGAAGAAGCUGUGGCACUUCUCAGCAGUGAAGAGAGCAAGAAUAUCUCCUUACUUGUUGCAAGACCAGAAAUUCAGCUGGAUGAAGGAUGGAUGGAUGAUGACAGAAACGAUUUUCUGGAUGACUUGCACAUGGACAUGUUAGAGGAACAGCACCACCAGGCAAUGCAAUUUACUGCCAGCAUGCUUCAGCAGGUACUGCCAAAGAAACACGAGGAGGAUGGAGGUACCACAGACACAGCCACUAUUUUAUCUAACCAGCACGAGAAGGACAGCGGCAUGGGGCGCACAGAUGACAGCACUCGCAACGAUGAGAGCUCCGAGCAGGAAAACAAUGCGGAUGAUCACACCACCUCCUCCAACACUUUAGGGAGCCAGAAGAAGCUGACGUACAGUCAUGACACCCUAGGAAGUGGGGAUAUGCAGUUCAGCAAUGAAUCAUUUAUCUCGGCCGACUGCACAGACGUCGACUUCCUUGGCAUCCCCGUAGACGAAUGCGAGCGAUUCCGGGAACUGCUGGAACUGAAGUGCCAGGUGAAGUCUGCCAACCCGUACAGUCUGUAUUAUCAUAACAGCACACUGGAUAUGAGCAAAAGCGACCAAGAAAGUGUUGACAGAGAGCUGGAGAUGCUGAAUGAGGAGCUGCGCAAUAUCGAGCUAGAGUGCCUGAAUAUUGUGAGAGCUCAUAAAAUGCAGCAGCUGAAGGAUCAGUACCGGGAACCCUGGAUGCUGCAUAACAGCGGGUUCCGCAACUAUAACACAAGCAUCGACGUUCGCAGGCACGAGCUCUCAGACAUUACGGAACUCCCCGAGAAGUCUGACAAGGAUAGCUCGAGCGCGUAUAACACCGGUGAAAGCUGCCGAAGCACACCACUCACGCUGGAGAUUUCCCCUGACAAUUCGCUGCGCAGAACUGCGGAAGGCAUUAACUGUCAAGGUAAUGAGGGGGCAGUGGCAUAUAAUGUCUCCCAAAAGAAUUUAUACGCUAGCUCAGAAAGCCAUGAAUCCAGCACUGCUAAAUGCCAUGCCUCUGCUAAAGAUCCCGACCUUGGCAAGCAGCCGGAAAGCAAGGAGAGAAAAGCCAGUGAUGGAAGCAAAAGCCCUACUCAUGGUCAGAAACCUUCUGGCUCCUACAUCUCGCCGUACCAUCACUCUCCAUAUAAGCAUGCUCAUAUUCCUGCCCACGCACAGCACUAUCAGAGCUACAUGCAGCUGAUCCAGCAGAAGUCAGCGGUGGAGUACGCACAGAGCCAAAUGAGUCUGGUGAGUAUGUGCAAGGACUUCAACUCCAGCCAGAGCGAGCCAAGGAUGGAGUGGAAAGUCAAGGUCAGAAGCGACGGGACACGCUACAUUACCAAGAGGCCAGUCAGGGACAGGCUGCUGAGAGAACGUGCCAUAAAGAUUAAGGAGGAGCGCAGUGGUAUGACUACCGAUGAUGAUGCCAUAAGUGAAAUGAAGAUUGAGCGGAAGCAGCAUUUAGUGAAAGCGAAGGAGCAGAGGAGGCGGCGUGAGUUUAUGAUGCAGAGCAGGUUAGAUUGCUUAAAGGAACAGCAAGGUGCAGAAGAAAAGAAAGAGAUGAAUAUCAUUGAACUGAGCCACAAAAAAAUGAUGAAGAAGAGAAAUAAAAAAAUAUUUGACAAUUGGAUGACAAUCCAAGAACUGCUAACCCAUGGCACCAAGUCACCAGACGGCACACGGGUGUACAAUUCCUUCCUGUCAGUGACUACUGUAUAAUCACCAUUGCUAAAUUA